AUGUCGUGCACACACUGUGGCGAAAAUAGAAUAGAAUACGAUUCCGCUGCUGGACAUGCUUUUUGUCCAAAAUGUGGUUACGUUGUUGAAGAAAGUAAAAUUGUUUCCGAAGUCACAUUCGGAGAAAGCGCGUCGGGUGCUGCUAUUCUGCAAGGGGCGUAUGUUGGAGCUGACCAAAGACGUGCUAGAACUGCUGGUCCUUAUAGAAGGCAUUCUAGUUUAGAUUCAAGAGAGCAAACUAUCGCUAACGGGAGACGUCAAAUUCAAGCUCUUGCUACUGCUCUACGUCUCUCAGAUCAUUUAAUGGAAGCUGCGCAACGAUACUUUAAUCUUGCGAUAACGAAUAAUUUCAUUCAAGGUCGAAAGACUCAACAUGUCAUUGCAGCAUGUCUAUACAUUGUAUGUCGUACUGAAAAAACAUGCCAUAUGUUGAUCGAUUUUUCCGAUAUUCUGCAGGUUAAUGUCUUUACACUCGGUUCAACUUUUUUAAAAUUGGUGAAUACGCUUCACCUUGUGCUUCCUUUGAUCGAUCCAUCCAUAUAUAUCACAAGAUUUGCUUCCAUGUUGGAAUUUGGUGAGGAAACAGGUCGUGUUGCUAAUGAUGCUGCUAGGCUUUGUCAACGUAUGGAACGCGAUUGGAUGCAAACUGGUAGGCGGCCUGCGGGAAUAUGUGGUGCAUGUUUACUUAUUGCUGCUCGAAUGAAUAACUUUCGAAGAAGUGUUAAAGAAGUUAUUGCAGUAGUAAAGACUGCUGAUAUCACAAUUAAAAGAAGGAUUGAAGAAUUUAGGGAAACACCUACUGCAAAGCUCACUGUUCGAGAUUUUAGAGUUGUUUGGUUAGAACAGGAAAGUGAUCCACCAUCUUUUACAAGAGCUCGCAAAGCCGAGAAAAACGCGAUUGACAGACGACAGCAGACAGCAUCUGCCGAACAUGAUAGUAAUGAUCAAGCAGAGGCAAAUUCGCGACAAAAUGAUAUUGAGGAACAAAUAGAUCGUGAACUUGAAGAAGAGAUGACCUCUUACUUAAAUGAUCCUGCUUUAAAAAAAAUAUCUUCGGAAAUGGAAGCUAAUAAGAAAGGAUCCGAUAGAUCCGAUAUUAUGGAUGAAGAGGAAAUAGGUUCUGACUUUGAUGAUGAUGAAAUAAGAAAUAUAGUUUUGUCUGAAGAAGAAGUUAAAAUAAAGACACAAGUAUGGAUGGACAUGAAUCACGAGUACUUGAAAGAAGUUGAAGCAAAAAGGAAAAAACAAGAAAUAGAUCGUGCAAACGGUAUUGGUGUUCGCAGACAUAAACGACCAAGAAAAGGUAAAAAUGAUGAUCAGACAGUUGCUAGCACCCCAGCUGAGGCGGCAAGAAGACUAUUUGAAGAAAGAAAUCUUUCAAAGAAGAUUAAUUUUAAAGUUUUGGAUUCACUCUUUGAUAAUAUAGCAGGAGGAAGUAUGCCAAAUACCCCUACUUCAUGGCGAGAUUAUGAUCCUACUAGUGUUAGUGGCUCUGGAAUUGCACGUAGUGAACCAGGUCAAGAUAUGUCUCCCCAGAGAACCAGGUCAGGGUAUUACUCCCCAGAACUAGAUGUGAACACAACUUCCAGAACCAGGUCAGGACAUGUCUCCCCAGAAAUCUACAAAGAUCAAACUGACUUCACAGCAGAAUUUAACCAUUCUUCUUUAGUUAUAUGA